AGGCGUGGUCAUAGAGCAAGCUCCUCCCAGGGUUGCCGAGCCCAGAAGUAGAAUUAAUGGGCGGGGGUAAAAUGGAACCAACAGCCAAACACAAACUCUUGAGAGAAGGCACUACCAAUUGGACCGGGGUAGAGAGGAGGGGCGUUGCGGAGAAUUUUAGCCAGUAGAGAGUAGAGACCAGUAGGGACUGUAGAAAGUCUUCCAAUAAGAAGCGUGAAGGGAGUGCCUUGCCUCUUUCACUGGGGCGGGAGUAGGGUUUGCCCAAGCCCCCCGGUGCCGGCCAAUGGGAGCGGAGGCGGAGCCAAACUCGGCCAACCAGAAAGCCGAGCUCAUCUCGGCACCGUUACUGAGGCGGGGCGUACGGUCUCCAGGCCACUAAGAUCUCAGCAGGGGAAGGCUCCCGAGCCUUCCAAUGCGGGACGCGGGCGAACUCUGGUUCUCCCAAUCGGUGCGCUGCGCCUGCAAUUCAAACUGACAGCCGGUUGGAAAGGCAGAGAGAGCGGAAGAGGGAGCAAAACGCGACGCGUUCGCUGAUAGAGACCCCAGCGCCGACUGAACCCCAAAAGCGACCUCUGCCCCGUCCCAUCAACACCAUCGCGCGCUCCGGAGCGGCCGCUCCGGAGGAGACCUAAGGGGACAGCGGGGGGCACGAGGGAGAGCUGAGGGACCGGGACCAAGAGAAACGGCGCGAGAUCCAGCCAGCACGCUGAGGGCUGGGGGCUGCCAGGAGAGAAGUGAAGCGGGGGCCUAGCAGCGAGCAGAGCGGAGGAGGGAGGGUCCUGGGAGGACUGAGGAGAACCCGGGUUCGUCCGGGUGGGAAAAGCUGAGGGGAUUUCUGGAUCCUGGGAAGAGGAGAAAGAUUUCCAAAGAGGAGGCGUGGGUCGGGACGCGUGGCCGGCAAUCAGAGGGCGAGGAAUUGGAGCGCUCCGAGGGAGGGGCUUAGGAGAGGAGCUUUCACCGAGGGACUCUGCAGGAGAAAGCUAAGGGAAUUGCUACAGGGGCGGGAGCUGAAGAGUAGAGGAGCCUUUUAGACGCGUGGCUGGGGAGUCUGUAGAGAAGUUCCCAGGCCUUUUGUAGCUCGCCGCCUCCCCACUUCAAAUCCCACUGCCUCCCCCGAAAGUUAAAAGGAAAGCCACAUUUGCUGCUUCGCCCUGUUCCUACUCAAUAAAUAUUACUUUCACCCUCCCACGGGAAAACAGGAAAGAACUCAUUUCCUUCCCAGUUUUGGGGCUUAAAAAAGGUCGAGGCCUCGCAAUUUGAUUUUUGGCCUGGGGGAAUCCAACUAGGAAAGGUACUGCUCUUGUUUCCUUUUUCAAAACCCCGCACCGCAUCCUUCCCGGGACGCCAUGUCUACCAGCAGUUGUAGUUUCGAGGACCGGUGCGUGUCCAUCCUGUGUUGCAAAUUCUGUAAACAAGUGCUCAGCUCUAGGGGAAUGAAGGCUGUUUUGCUGGCUGAUACUGAAAUAGACCUUUUCUCUACAGACAUCCCUCCUACCAAUGCAGUGGACUUCAUUGGAAGAUGCUAUUUCACUGAAAUCUGCAAAUGUAAACUGAAAGACAUCGCAUGUUUAAAAUGUGGGAACAUUGUAGGUUAUCAUGUGAUUGUUCCCUGUUGUUCCUGCCUUCUUUCCUGCAACAAUGGACACUUCUGGAUGUUUCACAGCCAGGCAGUUUAUGAUAUUAACAGACUAGACGCUACCGGUGUCAACUUCCUACUUUGGGGCAACUUGCCAGAGAUAGAAGAGAAUACAGAUGAAGACACAUUAGAUAUCUCAGCAGAGGAGUGCAUUCGAUGAAUGGGAUUAUGAGAUGUAUAAUACCCAGACAUUUUCCUAUUUAAAAGAUAUAUUAGUGGACUGACUUUAAAAAUAUUAGCAAGGAUAUACUACGGAUUUCUCCUUUUCUUUGGAAAAAAAAAUGAGACAUUUGUUGAUUUAUUUAUUUGCUAUCUCAGAUGAAUUACCUGAAUUUAAUUUGAGUUAUGGUAGUUCUUUUCUUCUAUGGCUUCCUCCUCCUCUUCCUCUCUCCACCCUCCACCUGGUACAGAUGUGUUCUUAAAUUCAGAUUGGAGGUUAUUUCAUGUGUCACUCAACUACCUCACAGUCUUGGGGAAUUUUUCUUACAACUAGAUACCAGAUACCGUUAAUUUUACAUUCUUGACUAAGGGGCGUUAGUAUACAUACAUGGGGGUGUACCCACCAAGUAUGUAUCCAUGUGUAUACCCAUGCAUGCAUAUGGCAAGCUCAACUGGGAAGUAAAGCUUAACAGGAAUUUUUUAAAAAACCAAGCUGUUAGGUUUUCAUAGGUACUGGCUAUCCUGUGUCAUACUGGUGAAAAAUCCUUAAAAUGGAGCAGGACUUUGUGAAUCAGCAAACAGAAUAAGUUAAAACUUUAAAAUAUACGGAGAAAUUCUCUUAAUUCCUCAGCACGAUGUUAGAUAAAUGAAUUUUAACAACAAAAUUAUCAGUAUAUACUGUUUCCCAACAUGAUUUAUUUAUGUUCUUCUAAAGUCAUGCCGUUAUUGUGUUAUGAAAGCAGGGCAACUGAACCUCCAUAUUCUAUUCUCUAGGACUUUUUCUGUAACUAGCGAAUUUUAAAUGAGUAUUCUCACUUCCAACCCUUAAAUAGAAAAAAAACUAAAGAAGUGUUUUGCUUAAGCCAUUGUACAUUAUAAAUGAUGUUUUUGUUUUUGUUUUAAGCUGCAUUCAGAGCCACACAGGAAUAGGAAACUGGGAUAGUGUUGGAUUGUGGUUUUAGGUAUAGCUAAAAUCGGUGUAUCGCUUAGUAAUAUCUCAGCUGUAAGCAUUUUGUCAAUAGCGAUUCCUAAACACACAGAGUUGUGGUUUUGUAAAUAAAGUUUUAUUAUAAAAAUGA